AUGGGUAACCAGCAGUCCAACAUCGGCGGGGGCUCCGGUGGCGAUGGAAGAGAUGAUAAGGAUAAGAAGAAGGACAAGCCUAGAUACGAACCACCCCCUCCUCCCACGACUCGCGUUGGACGUAAGAAGCGCAAGGCUGCCGGCCCGAGUACGGCUUCUAAGCUACCUGAUAUAUACCCAACCUCGCGAUGCAAACUACGGUAUUUGCGCAUGCAACGGGUCCACGACCACCUGUUACUAGAAGAGGAGUAUGUCGAGAAUAUGGAGCGUUUACGCAAGACCAAGGCACAAGCGGCGCAGGACUCUGUCAGCAGAAGCGAGUUUGACAUUAUGGAUCGGAAUGCAGAUGAAAGGGGCCGUGUCGAUGACAUGAGAGGCACUCCCAUGGGAGUCGGUAACUUGGAAGAGUUGAUUGACGACGACCAUGCCAUUGUUUCUAGCGCCACUGGGCCGGAGUACUAUGUCUCCAUCAUGUCCUUUGUCGACAAGGAUCUGCUGGAGCCUGGUGCUAGCAUUCUGUUGCAUCACAAAUCUGUUUCAGUUGUGGGUGUGCUGACCGAGGAGUCCGAUCCCUUGGUGUCGGUGAUGAAGCUCGACAAAGCACCGACGGAGUCUUACGCAGAUAUCGGUGGCCUCGAGUCUCAGAUUCAAGAAGUCCGAGAGUCUGUCGAACUUCCUUUACUGCACCCCGAAUUGUAUGAAGAGAUGGGUAUCAAGCCCCCCAAGGGUGUUAUUCUCUACGGUGCUCCGGGAACCGGAAAAACGCUGCUGGCUAAGGCUGUCGCCAAUCAAACCAGUGCCACUUUCCUCCGUAUUGUCGGUAGUGAACUUAUCCAGAAAUACCUUGGUGACGGACCUCGCUUGGUACGACAGAUCUUCCAGGUUGCUGCGGAACACGCACCUUCCAUUGUCUUCAUUGAUGAAAUUGAUGCCAUUGGAACGAAGCGUUACGACUCUACAUCGGGUGGUGAACGAGAAAUCCAGCGUACUAUGCUUGAGCUUCUGAACCAGUUGGACGGUUUCGAUGACCGUGGUGAUGUCAAGGUUAUCAUGGCCACGAACAAGAUCGAGACACUGGACCCUGCUUUGAUUCGCCCUGGUCGUAUUGACCGGAAGAUUCUCUUUGAGAACCCAGACCAAAAUACCAAGAAGAAGAUCUUCACCCUACACACCUCCAAGAUGUCUCUCGGCGAUGACGUCGACCUUGACGAGUUUAUCAAUCAGAAGGACGACCUCUCUGGCGCGGAUAUCAGAGCGAUCUGCACUGAAGCUGGUCUGAUGGCGUUGAGAGAACGCCGGAUGAGAGUGCAAAUGGAUGAUUUCCGCGCUGCUAGGGAACGUAUCAUGAAGACAAAGCAGGAUGGAGGUCCUUCACAGUUCCUUGCGCAAUCCGAAAAACCACUUACACAGCAGCACAUAAUGGACGGAUUUGAUGAAGAAGCUUUCAAGAAGUUCUUCCCAGGAAGCUUCGGGAAACAAGAAACAAAGACCGACGUUACCACUCAGAUAGACCGCUCCAAGCGGACAAAUGUGUCUGCCAAGGCCGUCGCCGAUGAUGCGAAGGCAGUGAUUAGCGACGAACGAGCUAACAUUGAGACUGGUGCUGAUGAACAAGAAGACAAGAGCCAAAGUGAUAGCGAUAAUGAUUCAGAUGAUUCUGACUCGGAUGAUGAUGACGAGGACGAGUUUCCCGUCUCUCAUGAGCUCCUGCUGAAAACUCAUGAGCGCGCCGUUACAACUCUCACAGUGGACCCAUCAGGCUCGCGUUUGAUUACUGGAUCCGCGGAUUGUACAAUAAAGCUACAUGAUUUUGCUUCUAUGACACCCUCAACUGUGCGCGCCUUCAAAUCCGUGGAUCCUUCGGCCAAAAAGCAGUCCGCCGCGCAGGAGGCGCACGCCGUGCAUUAUGUUGCGUUCAAUCCCCUAUCGCCGAGCUACGUAAUGGUCGUUUCGGCUACACCCCAACCAAGAAUCCUCGAUCGCGACGGUGAGACGAUUACUGAAUUUGUGAAAGGAGACAUGUAUUUGAGAGACCUUCAUAAUACCAAGGGUCAUAUAUCGGAGGUCAGCAGCGGCGUAUGGUGUCCCACCGACGAGAACCUGUGUGCCACGGCAGGGACAGAUAGUACGGUACGUAUAUGGGACGCCAAUAUCGGGCGAUCACAGAAAGAAGUGAUUAUGCACAAAUCCAGAGCGGCUGGAUCCGCUGGUCGGAGCAAGAUGACUGCCAUUGCAUGGGGUUCCCCAAAGCAGGGUGGAUCUAACGUUCUUGUUGCAGCUGCUCUUGAUGGAAGCUUAAUGAUGUGGAGUGGAAAUGGACCGUUUACUCGGCCUAGUGGCGAAAUCCGGGAUGCUCAUACGCGCGACACAUGGACUAGCGGACUGGACAUCAGCUCGGAUGGGAGACUGGUUGUCACUAAGGGUGGAGACGAUACUAUUAAGCUGUGGGAUACUAGGAAGUUCAAGAAUCCGAUCACAACAGUGGCGCAUCCGUCUAGCUCAUUCCGAUACCCGACUUCGAAUAUUGUAUUCUCACCCACUUCCGCAAAUGUCGUCACAGGCUCAGAAACCGGCCAUCUGCACAUCUUGAACCCUGCUACAUUAAAGCCGGAGUUGGUAACGCCAGUUACACCAGGGUCGCCUCUGGUUACUGUCCAAUGGCACGAGAAGCUCAACCAGAUCCUCACUGGGUCCGCCAAUGCCGAGACACACGUACUUUACAACCCUACCAUGUCGUCCAAGGGAGCUGCCUUGGUCAUGUCGAAGGCACCCAAACGCCGCCACAUCGAUGAUGACCCGAGUCUUACUAUGGAUCUUUCGCAAGGUAUCUCGGGUGACAAUGUUGUGGUCGGAUCGAACGGUGUACCCCAUUACAGCUCGGCAACCUGGUCCUCGCGGCACCCAACCAUUGGGCUCACGGCCUCAGGUCGGUCCAGGGAUCCGCGGAGACCUCAUCUACCCGCACAGACCCCUUUUGCCAAAUCGCAGCCGGAUGAGAAGCAUAUUCGGGAGAACAUUCCCCUCAGUUCGAUGCGCGAUGAGGAUCCACGAGAAGCCUUACUGAAAUAUGCGGAGAAGGCCGAAAAAGAUCCAGUGUUUACCAAGGCAUGGAAGGAAACCCAGCCGAAAACCAUCUAUCGGGAGAUUAGUGAUGAUGAAGAGGAAGAGCCGAACAAGAAAAGAGCCCGGCGAUGA